AAGGUUUGGAGAAUUAUUGAAAAAGAAAAUCAGUUAAGGUUGAUUAUGUUUAUGUAGAGUGUGACUGACGGACAUAUCCGGGUAAUAUGUCUCUAUUUGAAUCGGGGCCAUAAAAACGCUUCUGUAAGACUGAAGACUCGACGAUAGUGUGUUUUUAAAGACUCCUGAGUUGCAUUACUAGUGUGUGUGUCUUACACAGGAAAAUGCAAAGUGAUUAAACUAGUUUAGCGGCGCAGACGCAAGAGGCGUCGAGACGUCGUUUGUAGUACACUGUACUGAAAUAUGCAAGCUAUAUUCCCCGUGCUUGUAAAGCGAACGAGCCCGGUAACCGGCACUGCAUUCGGGUAUUUUUUGCCUGGCUCGCUCCCUGCCUGUUUUCCUUUCCCAGGCGCUGCGGUCUUGUUUUUGAACGCGGGUGGUGCUGUGGAGCGCCUCUCGCUCCUCGCAUUCACCGAGCGAGAGAGGCAGGCGGAAUGAGAGCGAGGAGCAGUCAUGAGGAGGCGGAGGCGGCGGACGCGGACUCACGGUUUUCUUUGUUAUUUUUAAACUCUUACAACUCCGUCCUAUGACAAGAUUCACAACGGCCUGUCAACGCCGGGGUUACCGAUGCGCUCGAAAACGGGGAGCAGGCUUUUACAGGAAGAGUUCUUCAGCAGCAGCACUUGCAAUAGUCCAUAUUUAAGUUUUGUAAGAUUUAGACUGGACUGGGUGAGUGGACACUGUGGAUUUGGACUGUACUGGGACUGGGUGAGUGAGUGUACACUGUAGAAUUGGACUCUACUGGGACUGGGUGAGUGUACACUGUAGAAUUGGACUCUACUGGGACUGGGUGAGUGGACACUGUGACGAUGAGUGUGAGAUCGAAAGGCUACCCUGUGGAUCUCGGGGGCAGCUUCACCGAAGACGCCCCCAGGCCACCGGUCCCUGGCGAGGAAGGGGAGCUGGUGGCUGUGGAUUCCCGGCAGUAUAGCCACAACUUCUACUCCACCAAGAGCGAGGCUUCCACAGCCACGCCGCGCCGGCCGGACCUGGACCUUGGCUAUGAGCCCGAGGGCAGCGCCUCCCCCACGCCGCCCUACCUCAAGUGGGCCGAGUCGCUGCACUCCCUGCUGGACGACCAGGACGGGACCCACCUGUUCCGCACCUUCCUGAAGCAGGAGGACUGUGCCGACCUGCUCGACUUCUGGUUCGCCUGCAGCGGCUUCCGCAAGCUGGAGGCGAGCGACGGCAACGAGGAGAAGAAGCUCAAGCUGGCCAAGGCCAUCUACAGGAAAUACAUCCUGGACAACAACAGCAUCGUGUCGAGGCAGAUCAAAGCAGCCACCAAGAGCUUCAUCAGGGACUGUGUGGUGAGGGUGCACAUCGAGCCGGCAAUGCUGGACCAGGCGCAGACGGAGAUCCAGGCCAUGCUGGAGGAGAACACGUACCCCGUGUUCCUCAAGUCCGAUCUCUAUCUGGAGUACACCCGCACAGGCGGGGAGAGCCCCAAGCUCUGCCCUGAACACAGCUCCGGCUCUGGGACUGGGACGGUCCAGCCCGGAUAUUUGCCCACUCUGAAUGAGGACGAGGAGUGGAAAUGCGACCUGCAGCCGGAGGAGUUGGAGGGGGACCCCACUCCCACUAACAGGCUCACUCAGAAACUGCUGCUGGAGACUGUGAGCCAGCGAGCCGCCAGCAACAAGAGGAACCAGGAUAGCAGGGAGUACAGACACGGAACGUGGCGGGAGCCUGUCAACCCUUACUAUGUGAACACCGGGUACGCCAUGGCCCCCGCCACGAGCGCCAACGACAGCGAGCAGCAGAGCCUGUCCAGCGACGCGGACUCCCUCUCCCUGACGGACAGCAGUGUAGAUGGGAUCCCUCCGUACCGAUUCCGAAAACUCCACCGUCGAGAGAUGCAGGAAAGUGCCAAAGCCAACGGACGAGUGCCGCUACCUCAUAUGCCUCGCACAUACCGGAUUCCGAAGGAUAUCCACGUUGAGCCGCAGAAGUUUGCUGCCGAGCUGAGCAGCAGACUGGAGGGGGUCCUGAGGGAGCGAGAAGCCCAGGAGAAGCUGGAGGAGAGACUGAAGCGAUCCCGUGCUGAGGAGGAAGGGGAUGACGCAGAUGUCUCUGCUGCUCCCUCGCUGGUCAGUCACAAGCUGCCCCCUGCCCAGCCCCCUCACCACUUCAACUCGCGCUACUCUGACAUGUCCUACAUGCAGCUGCGGGACGCUCACGAGGAGAACCCAGAGUCCAUCCUGGACGAGCACGUCCAGCGCGUCAUGAAGACGCCCGGCUGCCACUCCCCCAAGUCACGCUCUCCAGACGGGCUGCCCACGGGCAAGCACCCGUCCAAACCGGGGCUGAAGGCGGAGGCAGCUGGCAUGUACCACCACAAGCACGUGUACCACCACACCCACCACCACGGCACAAUGAAACCCAAAGAGCAGGCUGAGGGGGAGGCCUUGCAGAGGGGGCAGAGCAACCUGGCCUGGAACGGGGAUCCACACCACUAUGCAACCAAGACUCGCAACUACGCAGACAGCAUGGGCAUGGCGCCCAGCCCCAUGGACUCACUGGGGCACAGUAGUAAAGGAAGCACGCUAUCUAAACGCGCCUCCAAGAAGGCGGAACCCCUGAAAACGGAGGACAGUCGGAACUUUGAGAUGCCCGCGCCUCCCGAGGACAUGGAGAGAAACCAGAAGAUCCUGCAGUGGAUGAUGGAAGGGGAGAAGGAAUCUGGGCGACACAAAAAGACGCCGUACGGAAGCACCGGCGGGGUGAAGAAGGUGCCGAGUCACGAGCCGUCCAGACCCAGCUCGAUCGAGAGGCCGGGGGCAGUGCACCCCUGGGUCACCGCCCAGCUCCGCAACAACGUGCAGCCCUCACACCCCUUCAUCCAGGACCCUACCAUGCCUCCCAACCCCGCCCCCAACCCCCUCACCCAGCUGGAGGAGGCUCGCCGGCGGCUUGAGGAGGAGAAGAGGACUGCCUCCCUGCAGGCCAAGCAGAGGCAUAGAACCCAGAAGAAGCAGCCUUGCGAGAGCCUUGUCGUGGCGUAUUACUUCUGCGGGGAGCCCAUCCCCUACAGGACCUCGGUAAAAGGACGCGUGGUCACGCUGGGGCAGUUCAAGGAGCUGUUGACCAAGAAAGGGAGCUACAGGUAUUACUUCAAGAAGGUGAGCGACGAGUUUGACUGCGGGGUGGUGUUUGAAGAGGUUCGUGAAGACGACGCGAUCCUGCCCAUCUUUGAAGAGAAGAUCAUUGGCAAAGUAGAGAAGAUUGACUGAACUGGAGGAGGGGACACGACCACCAAAGGCGUGUGGGUGGAGAGAAGCAGGUGGAAUCGGCGUAUUGAUAAGGGAACAGGCUUCGUACACAGGCGUGCACGGCCAGGGUUUAACGGUACAAGAUUAAAGGAGGCUCAUCAGUCCAGGGUAGCCUUCGAAAAGGAGCAGAGAAGUCCCAAAAAGAGGAGGCACUCUGGGAAACCUCAUCUGGACUGGAGGGCUUCCACUUUCCACAGGUAGAUGAAGCAGCUGCUCGGUGCCUCAGGAUGCAGUGGUGCUUCAAAGGCACAAUCUGCCCAGCGCGGGACACAAAGGAGCGUGCAGCAGUAUCUUCACCAGAUUUCUAACUCGAGUGUAACGUAGCACUGUAAAGUUAUUAGGAACUGUACCAUGAAUCUGUUUACUAAAGCUGCAUAUUUUUGAUAUAAUGCAUUGGAAGGAAAGGACCCUUUCUGAUGCACCUCUCAUGCGCUCUUGUAAUUUUUGAUAUGUACAGGUACUUCAACAUGACAGGCCAUCUGGAAAGGGAGAAAACAAACUAAACAAAAACUCAGUAGAAAUAGUAUCUUUUUUUUUUUAAUGAAAAACAGCUGCUGCUGUCGUCAAUGCAGUGGAUUGUUACAAUUCACUUUGUGUUAUAUCUUAAUGAUGAUAUUGUCUUUGAAAAGUGCUACAGGAGCACCCCUUAGUUUGGAGUCCUUUGCCUGGCAAUAUCUUUCUUUCUUUAAAUCCUUAGAUUUAUAAAUGUUAUCCAGCCACUUCAAACUGAACUUC